GUGAAACCUUGAGUAGUCUAGGUGGGCCAGUUAAACAUACUACCAAAGCACCAAUGGAAUUCGGUCACAUAGUAGGCAAAAGAAAGACACUGGUAAACAUCUGUUUUCGGUGUUGUGAAAACGAAGGGGAAUCGUAUCGUCCUUGUAAUCUGGAUAGCUGCAACUCGAAAGAAGAAUUUCACAGUACAACUGCUACAACAGCAAUGCCAACUUCAGCCGCCACGACCACUAAGCCUACUACUACAACAACCAUGUCCAUUACCACGCCCACUCUGCCUACUACUACAAUACCUCGACAUACAACAAGGCAACCCGUAUAUACAGCAAAAGCUCCUUCACAUACAACUAAGCCUCCUUGUAUUGAUACAGAUCCGAGAUGUCUUGAUAUUAACUUUUUGAUGGUUACAUGUUUAGAUAUCAAAAGACUUAAGAUAUGUCCCAAAGUAUGUGGAUUAUGUUAGGCAUGCCGGUUCUUACGUUAUUUUGUCUGUGGGUUAAAUCGAUUCUUUGAAA